ACUGCUGUGGAGCACUUUGGGUCACAUUGCCAGGAUGAAGGGGGCUGCUGCAGCUGUGUUUGUGCUCAGCCUUCUGCUUACCGGAAUAGAUGGAGCUCCAACUGGGACGUCGAGGAACUGGGACAUCUACAGCUACCACAUCAACUCCACGGUGACCAGUCGCUAUGCCAUCACCGUCAUCACCAGCCGAGUGGCCAACCGGCAAGACAACACCACAGAGAUCGACUUUCACGUCAAAAUCCCCAAGACUGCAUACAUCAGCAAGUUUCGCAUGACCAUUGAUGGAAAAACAUACGAUGGGAUUGUUAAGCAGAAGGAAGAGGCCAAGAAGCAGUACACUGAUGCUGUCUCACGCGGACAAAGUGCCGGCAUGAUCAGCACUGUAGGUAGGACUCUGGAGGACUUCAAGACAUCAGUGGCCGUUGCUGCUCAUAGCAAAGUGACCUUUGAACUCACCUAUGAGGAGCUGCUCCAACGGCGUCUUGGCAAAUACGAGCUCUUGAUCAAUACCCAACCUGGACAACCUGUUAAAGACUUUAAGAUUGAAGUAAAAAUGUAUGAGAAGCCAGGAAUAAACUUCCUAGAAGUUACUGGCUCCCUUGCUGAGAAAGAUUUGGCCAAUGCUGUCACUAAGUCUCGUGCGGAAAAAGAGGCAUGGGUAAAUUUCUACCCAACACAUGACCAGCAGACAAAAUGUGAUGGAUGUGGAGAGACAGGACUCAAUGGAGACCUAAAAAUCAUGUAUGAUGUGAACCGGCCACAGUCGCAAGGUGACGUGGUGGAACAUGGAGGCUACUUUGUUCAUUUCUUUGCACCAACUGAUCUUCCACGGAUUCCCAAAAAUGUAGUCUUUCUUAUUGAUCAGAGUGGCUCUAUGCAUGGAAGGAAAAUGGAGCAGACUCGAGAUGCUUUGCUCAGGAUCCUUGAGGACCUGGCAGAGGACGACUUUUUUGGCCUCAUUCUGUUUGACAACAAAGUAACUCCAUGGAAGAAUGAACUACUCCAGGCCAACCCGAGCAAUCUGGACCAGGCCAAGGCGUUUGUCAGGGAGAUCACAGAUCGCGGUUCCACAGACAUAAAUGCUGCGGUGUUGAAAGGUGUGGAGAUGAUAAAGAAGCACCCCAGAGAAGGUUCAGCCUCCAUUCUCAUACUGCUAACUGAUGGAGAUCCAACCUCAGGAGAGACCAAUCAAGGGAAAAUCCAGUCGAAUGCCAGGGAGGCCAUUGGGAAGAAGUUUCCUCUGUACUGCCUGGGUUUUGGAAUGGAUGUGAACUUUGAGUUCCUCCAGAAGAUGGCCAAGGAGAACAGUGGUGUGGCUCGCAGGAUCUACGAGGACUCUGAUGCUGCUCUUCAACUGAAGGGUUUCUAUGAAGAGGUGGCUACUCCUCUCUUAACUGAUGUUGAGAUGAACUACACCGGUGCCUCUAACCUCACCCAGACCACUUUCAGCCACUACUACAACGGCUCUGAGAUUGUGGUUGCUGGACACAUUAAUGACAACAACAUAGAAGACUUCAGUACAGACGUCAUUGCUAUAUCAAGGCACAGUAAGGUGAUGUACAGGGACAUCAAACCCACCAAGGCUGAAAGACCACCUGCAGUAUUGAGUGUCUAUGAGAACUUCCUGCAGAGGCUGUGGGCCUGCCUGACAGUGAAACAGCUUCUGGAGAAGGAGUUGACGCUGACUGGUGAAGAGAAAGAGGCAGCUAAGAAGCAGGUCGUUGAGCUCUCUCUCAAAUACAGCUUUGUGACCCCACACACCUCCAUGGUGGUCACUAAACCUGAGGGGGAGAGCUCCCAGGUGGCCGACAAACCCAAAGAGGGAAUGAAGCAGCACAGUGGGGGGUCGACGUCCAGUUUACUCACGACAGGAGGCUUGCCAUCAAUAUCUAGCCGUUCUGGCGGCUAUGGAGCUCGAGUUGCCAGCUUUCCGACUUAUCACCACACUCCACUUUUAGCAAGUUCAGAUGACUAUGACGAUGCUGAUAUGAUGUUGUCUGGACUGGAUUAUGGUGCUAGUCCUCCUAUGUUGAAGCACUUUGGCGCACCUGCAGGACCACCAGGACUACCAGGAGGUGCUGGUUUUGGGAGUUCCGGGGGAUACGGGGGUUCCAGGAGUUCCGGCAGUCAGCCAAAGUCAGGUCGUACUGCCAGCAUCAAACUAAGUCGGCCAACAUCAGGUGCAGGGCGUGCCAGCAGCUACCCACGUCAUCGGCCAACAUCAGGGCCUUCCUUUGUUGUGCCCACUGACGUAUACUUUACGUCAGUGGUUGUGCCUUCCACUGCACGGUUCCUAUUGGCUGCUGAUGGCCAGGCCACGCCUCUCUGCUUUGACAUCCCAUUGGGCAAAUCUCUGAAACUGCUGGAGGAUCCCGCAUCAGGAUUCCGCAUGAAUGGAGAGCUGUCCUCAAGUGGCGCAGGUGGCUUCCAAAAGAUUGUCAUUCGCGAUAUCGCUGGUAAUGGGACGUCCUUGUACACUUUGGAGUUCAGCAUCAGUGACAUUAUCGCGACAGACCAUGCACAGGGACACGACCCCAUGUCUACCCCGUGGCCAGGGAAAGAAAAGGAGGUUACGAUUUUAAGGCCAGGGCUUACAGUUGACAGUCUGAUGGUUAUCAUACGGGAGGGUGAGGCAGACGUCACCCUUGGCAGUACCCGAGUUGUCAUUCUGCUCCAUCAGCAGAACGGAGAAAAAUUCCUGUGGCCUGCAGUGCGAACACGCCCCCAAGGGGGAACAGGCAUCAUUGGUAAACCUUCAGUUGUGUAUGAGAAGAUCCCUGCAUCAAAGCUGAGAAUUCACGGGGAAGAAGUGGACACUUCUAGAGUGGCUGCUCAGGACUACAGCAUUAAGGCGGCACCCAUGGUGCCGUGCAUGCUUGUCAGCCUCCGUGAUGCCCUGCAGAGGGAGCUGUCUGACUUCACUGUCUCUAGCCUGUAGAAGAAACAACAAAAAACAACAAAAGAAGACAUAUUAGCUCAGUGGUUCUUAACCUUUUUUUUCUUAAAGCACCUCCGUAUCUGUGCCCAAGACAAGCCGUGCACCCCUAACCCAAACCUCUACACUCGUAUCGUGUAUCGUAUAGACACAAAAAAAUGUAAUUGGGCCUACAAUGAUUCUUGCUCGAGACAUUAAUCCAUACCUUAAUGACUUUACAUGGGGACCAAAACACGUUUUAAUUUGGUUUUGAUUUGACCUAAUUAUGAUGUUUGCAAGCAUAAUUUUGAUCACAACCUCAACGCAAACAAAAUUCUGCAGACCCCCUGUAAUCUCUGGUGCACCCCCAGGUAAAGAGUCACUGUAUUAGCUGAUUUGAUUAGAAUUCAUUGAUUUUAUAUAUAUGGGCUGGGACUUAACACAAUUAAUUUUGAUUAAUUAACUACACAAACAUUGACGCAAUU